GAACAAGUGAAAGUCUUUCCCCUUCACAGAGCGAAUUAUCCCCCGAGUGUCAUGUAGAUUGAGGCGGUGAAGAGUGCUAGUGCAACAAGAAUGAAGAGAUUUUGAAAGAUGUAUGGUAUCAGUUUCCCUAUUUUAUUGUGCGCUGAAGCUCUCGCACAAUAUUCAGCAAACUCGAAGAAGUAUCAAAUUGCGAAUGCCAGGCAGAAUUUGCUCGUCGUGGUGUUGAUGCGCCAGAAAUGUGCAGAUAUAGCUCAAAUAUACCGGUUGCUGCUAUUGAGGGAAUGUAUUUCCAGAGGUAGUACCCAUUAUGCGGUUCGAGAACUGCGGCAUUAGACAAAUAGGUGUGAGAUAUUGGGUGGGGAAAUAUUUAAACUGGAGAAGGAUUGAAGGAAUUGUGUCUUCGGAGAGUCUUGCUUUUGUAUGAGUGAUUUCUUGUUAUGAAAUGGUGAGAAGGUUGCUACUUCCAGUGGUGGAUUGCCAGUCAUAUAUAUUGAUUACUGUUGUCUCCACUGUGUCAUUCACGGUUGACACGGAGAAUAGGGGUCAGACACGUCUCUCGAAGCCCACCGAAAGGGAGCAAUUUCGAACCCUAAAUCCUCCUGAGCUGUUCUCGAUCGAUAUAUUGACAAUUUC